AAACACUUCCGUCUGCCCCGCCCCGCCGCGCAGAUCUAGGUUUAGAGAUUAGAAGGGGACGGGUGGGUCUUGUCAACUAUUCAGAGCGUACUUGCUCUGAGUCUCGACCAGAAGAUUGGUGGAAAGAACCUCUCGUUUUGCGGUUUUCUGUUAAGUGCCACAGCCCGUGCCUCAGUCCGUGGCAGUUUACCCUCCCGGCUGCCCCUCCUUUAUGGACUUGUCGCGAGUUCUGUGCGACCCUAAGAACUCUGAGCUCUCGACACAACAGCGGCCACUGUCGCUCCCGGGCCGCUUCUCACAUCGCUCCACCCCUCGCUUCGUCCUGCUCAGAUCGCGGUGAAACGAGCGGAGCCGAGUAGCCGGGCGGAGUGCAGCCGAACAGUACCGAGUGAGUGGAGUCAAGUCCAGGCAAGCAGAACCCAGUGGGCCGAGCCACACCGAAUAGCAUAAAGCAGAGAUCAGUCAAGUGGCGGACGCCACCAUGAAGCGGGACCGGCUCGGCCGCUUCCUGUCUCCUGGGACUGCUCGGCAGCGCGGGAGUUCGGGCGGUAGCUGUGGAAGCGGUCGGACUCGGGGUCGCCCUUCUCGCACCGGCGGAGCGAGCGCUGAUGGGGCAGCGGCUUUGGCGGCAGCACAACUCAGCUGGGGCUCGACGCGUUCUUGCGGGGACACAGGGGAGGACGGUACAGACGAGGCAGGAGCAGGCCGAACUCUUGCCAUGGGGCACUGUCGCCUCUGCCAUGGGAAGUUUUCCUCACGGAGCCUCCGAAGUAUCUCUGACAGAGUACCUGGGGAGACCUCAGAGAGGCUGUCCCCAGGGCAGCAUGUCUUCAUUAGGGACUUCCAGCGUCUGCUGGGUGUUGCUGUGCGCCAGGACCCAGCUCUGCCUCAGUUUGUCUGCAAGAACUGCUACACCCAGUUUUAUCAGUGCCACAGCCUUCUCAGGUCCUUCUUACAGAGAGUCAACGUCUCCCCAGCUGGCCAGCGGAAGCCUUGUACAAAGGUUGGUGUUCAGCCUCCCACAGUGGCAGAGGAGGGAGCAUGUAUGGCUGAUCUGAUCAUCUCGAGCCCCCGGUGUCUGCACAGCUUGGUGGGCUGGGUACAUGAACAUGCAGCCAGCUGUGGGUCUCUGCCCAGCCUCCAGAGGACACUGUCCUCUGAGUACUGCGGCAUCAUCCAGGCUGUGUGGGGCUGCGACCAGGGCCAUGACUUCACCAUGGACACAGACUCCAGCUGCAGAGCUCUCUUUCUGGACAGUGCAUUAGCAGUGAAAUGGGCAUGGGGCAAGGAGAGAUCACCACGGCUGUCCGAGAACUCAGAGUUAAACCCCACUGGAGCUGCCUCUCAGCUCUGCCAGGCCAGAGAAACCCAAGUUGGAUCUGAGACCAAGACACUACCCAAUGUGGAUGUGGCCCUGCUGCACUCACAUGGAGACCCUGUGGGACCUGGGAUAGGCCCCUGUACUCAGCCAAACUUGGCUCCCAGUGAGGCCCCAGGGCAACUGGGUGAGAAGCAGGUUCCAUCUUCAACCUUGGAUGAUCGGGUAAAAGACGAGUUCAGUGACCUUUCUGAGGGAGACUUCCUGAGUGACGAUGAGAAUGAUAAGAAGCAAAACCCACAGUCCUCGGAUGAGUCCUUUGAGCCUUACCCAGAAAAGAAGGUCUCUAGUAAGAAGAUCGAAAGCAAAGAAGCCAAGAAGCCUGAAGAGCCCAAAAUCAGAAAGAAGCCUGGGCCCAAGCCUGGAUGGAAGAAAAAGCUCCGAUGUGAGAGGGAGGAGCUGCCCACCAUCUAUAAGUGUCCUUACCAGGGCUGCACAGCUGUAUACCGUGGGGCUGAUGGCAUGAAGAAGCACAUUAAGGAACACCAUGAGGAGGUACGGGAGAGGCCCUGCCCACAUCCUGGAUGCAACAAGGUAUUCAUGAUCGACCGAUACCUGCAACGACAUGUGAAGCUCAUCCACACAGAGGUACGCAAUUACAUCUGUGACGAAUGUGGGCAGACCUUCAAGCAGCGGAAGCACCUUCUUGUCCACCAGAUGCGUCACUCUGGAGCCAAGCCACUGCAGUGUGAGGUCUGUGGGUUCCAGUGCAGGCAACGAGCAUCCCUCAAGUACCACAUGACCAAACACAAAGCAGAGACUGAGCUGGACUUCGCCUGUGACCAGUGCGGCCGUCGGUUUGAAAAGGCCCACAACCUCAAUGUGCAUAUGUCCAUGGUACAUCCUCUGACCCAGACCCAGGACAAAGCCCUGCCUUUGGAAGCAGAGCCCCCACCUGGGCCCCUGAGCCUCUCUGGGACCAUGGAGGGUCAAGCUGUGAAACCUGAGCCUACCUGAGAACGGCAGGUGGAACACUGGGCAUCUUGAGCCACUUGAACUCAGCAGGUGUGAUGUGAGGUUUAAAGACAUCAGUGUUCCUCACUUCCCUACUGGCAUAGUUCUGCUUGCUCUUUGGACCCCAUGCUGCACUCCACCUCACAUAUCCAACAGCCGUAUGUUGGAGGGUACCUCUCUCUAGGUGAGGGAGGUAGGCUUGGUGUGUACUUCAACCUGCUGUGGUACCAGCAGUUUAUUUUCCUAUGGAUGGAUACUGAGCAAUUUAAGGCUAGAAACAAAUUAUGAAUAAUUAACUUUUUUUCCCAACUAGAGCAAUCAAGGAGAUUUGUAAUCUACUUUCCAGUGUAACAAGAACUCCAUGUUAUGCUUGCAAUAAAUUAUUCACAAAGGUG